AUGGACAACAAUAACACUGCUUUAUUGCUCCAAUUGUUAACAAAUCCAAGUGCUUUACAACAAACACUUGCAACUAUUGCACAAAGCCAGCAACAAAGUUUGUCUAUGUCUGAAACUAUUUUGCUAGUACCAUUUAAUGCUAAUAUUAGAAUUGUCAAUACAGCAGCAAAUGAUGAUGAUAAUAAUACUCAACAAUAUUUUAAUAUAAUCAAUACUCCAUCUUUUAAUACAAUUAAAGAUAAUAAUACUCAACAAUAUUCUGGUGAAAAUAUAAUCGAAGUUGAUGAUAAUAAUAAUACUCAACAAUCUUCUGGUGAGACUAUAAUUGAAGAUAAUAAUGAUACUUAA